GCCCUGUGAGUAAGAUCCGGGCUCAGGGCAGGAUGAAUGCUAAUUUCCAAGAUGGCGGCGGAGGGAGGAGGGAAGGAGAUGAACGAAAUUAAAACUCAGUUCACCACUCGGGAAGGCGUCUAUAAACUCCUCACUCACUCCGAAUACAGCCGCCCCAACAGGGUGCCUUUCAAUUCCCAGGGCUCCAACCCGGUCAAAGUUUCCUUCGUCAACGUCAACGACCAGUCUGGCAACGGCGACAGAAUUUGUUUCAAUGUGGGCCGGGAGCUAUACUUUUAUAUCUACAAAGGCGUCAGAAAGGCUGCCGACCUGAGCAAGCCCAUCGACAAGCGGAUAUACAAGGGAACGCAGCCCACCUGCCACGACUUCAACCACCUGACGGCCACGGCCGAGAGCGUGUCCCUGCUGGUGGGCUUCUCCGCCGGCCAGGUGCAGCUCAUCGACCCCAUCAAGAAGGAGACCAGCAAGCUCUUCAAUGAAGAGAGGCUAAUAGACAAGUCGCGGGUCACCUGCGUGAAGUGGGUGCCGGGCUCGGAGAGCCUCUUCCUGGUGGCGCACUCGAGCGGGAGCAUGUACCUGUACAACGUGGAGCACGCCUGCGGCGCCGCCGCGCCGCACUACCAGCUGCUCAAGCAGGGCGAGGGCUACGCCGUGCACACGUGCAAGAGCAAGUCGGCGCGCAACCCGCUCCUCCGGUGGACGGUGGGCGAGGGGGCGCUCCACGAGUUCGCCUUCUCGCCCGACGGCAAGUUCCUGGCCUGCGCCAGCCAGGACGGCUUCCUGCGCGUCUUCAACUUCGACGCCGUGGAGCUCCACGGGACCAUGAAGAGCUACUUCGGCGGGCUGCUGUGCGCCUGCUGGAGCCCCGACGGGCGCUACAUCGUGGCGGGCGGCGAGGACGACCUGGUGACGGUCUGGUCCUUCUCGGACUGCCGGGUGAUCGCGCGCGGCCACGGCCACAAGUCCUGGGUGAGCGUGGUGGCCUUCGACCACUACACCACCAGCGUGGAGGAGAGCGAGCCGGCCGAGUUCAGCGGCAGCGACGAGGACUUCCAGGAGCAGGGCCAGGGCCAGGGCCAGGGCCAGGGCCAGGGCCAGGCGGGCCGCGAGCGGGCCAACAGCACGCAGUCGCGGCUCUCCAAGCGCAACUCCACCGACAGCCGGCCGGUGAGCGUCACGUACCGCUUCGGCUCGGUGGGCCAGGACACGCAGCUGUGCCUCUGGGACCUGACCGAGGACAUCCUGUUCCCCCACCUCCCGCUCUCGCGCACGCGCACGCACACCAACGUCAUGAACGCCACCACCAGCCCCGGCGCCAACGGCAACCCCGUUGCCGGCACGGGCGUGGGGGGCGUGGUUGUGGGCGUGGGCGCGGGCACGGGCGUGGCCCCCGCCAACUCCCUCCCGACGCCGCUGCCCCGCUCCAACAGCCUGCCGCACUCGGCGCCCGCCGCCGCCGUCGUCGGCGCCAACAGCAAGGCGGGCGGCGGCGGCGGCGUCGUCGUCGACGGCGCCGUCGCCACCGGCGUCAGCAAGUUCGCCACGCUCUCGCUGCACGACCGCAAGGAGCGGCACCACGAGAAGGACCACAAGCGCAACCACAGCAUGGGCCACAUCAGCAGCAAGAGCAGCGACAAGCUCAACCUGCUGGCCAAGGGCAAAACGGACCCCGCCAAGACGCUGGGCACCGCGCUCUGCCCCCGCAUGGAGGACGUGCCCUUGCUGGAGCCGCUCAUAUGUAAAAAGAUUGCGCACGAGAGACUCACUGUGUUGAUCUUCCUGGAGGACUGCAUAGUCACAGCCUGCCAGGAGGGCUUUAUUUGCACAUGGGCGAGGCCUGGCAAAGUGGGUUUGCUGUCAUCCCAAAACCAAGCCAACUCUCCCAGCGGGACUGUAGUAUAGCCACCGUACUUCUGCUGCUAAGCGAAACCCCCCCCCCCCCCACCAACGGUCACGGAGACGCAGCGACGUCGCCGGAGCCCCGGCUCCCCUCCGCCGCACCCGCGCCGCGACACCCUUUUUUUCUUUUCUUCCUUUUGCGUUCUGUAGUUCUGACCCCGACCCCCGACCAGCCCUGCCCAGGCUCCGCCCCCCCACACACAAACGCCUCCUUACGCGUGCUGACACUAGCAGAUGCAAAAACAAAUGGGUGAGGUGCAAUUGUGUAAUGACUGCUGUGUGGGUUUCAAGGUGGGGGGUAGGGUGAGGGGGGGGGUAGGGGGAUGGGGGAGUGUUUGGUGGGAGAUUUGGGGGGGGGGGGGUGAUGGGUUAGGAUUUUAUAUUUGUUUUUCCAUCACCCCAGGCCCUUCCUUUUCUCAGACACUUCCACAUUUGUGUACCCCCCCCCCCUCCCAAAACAAUAACAAAAGAACUUUGGUCUGAGUGAGCAGUCAAGGAUCAAUCCAGCCCAACAGCUUUCCCCAUCUGCAUUUGCCAUCUCAAUAGGUGGUAUGAACCAGCCAGGCCACCAUAGUAAAGAGAGGUGGAAAACAAACAUUCUGCUGUCAUAGAAAAAAAAACUUUCCUAGGUUGAACCUUUUUUUUAAUUUAAAUUAGAAUAUCACAGUUGAGUAUUUUGCACUGAUUUUGUUUUUGUUUUUUUUUCUUUUUGUUAUUGCUGUUCGUUUUGUUUUAUAAUUAAGAUGGAACAACUUGGGUUACGGCAAGUCAUGUGUUGGCUUGGAAUUUUGAAUCUGAGAGCUGGAAGCUGCAAUCAUGGUUUUAUAAAGAAAAAGAGAAAAAAUUGUUUGCACUUAAUAGUUUGUUAGAACAGAAUGGCUUUACAAUUUUUUGGGUGAGCAAAGACUCCAGACAGCUAUAAGGUGGAUAAAAUAUUAAAGAAUUAAAACCUUUGUAUCUAUUGAACAUUUAUUUUAAUAUUGUUUCAGAUUAAAAUUGGCUCUGUAUAUUAUGUAUAAAUAUUGUAAUUCAAGUGAUUGAUGGGGCAGAAAUGAUCAUUACACUAGUGGAAGUUCAUCUUCAUUAAAGAAAAAAAAAUAGUGAUAUUUCUAAUGCAGACAAAUAUAUACAUAUUAAUAAUAUUAAAACGAAUCUUGAAUAUGCAGGUUUUUGUUUUUUCUUUUCUGUUGUAUAAAAGAGAUCAUUCAAAUGUAUUUUCUUAAAUGUUGGUAUAGGAGACAUCUUUGUAUCAAACGCUCUUAUCUCCAAAAAUGAAGCUGAAACGCUUACUUUAUUGUUACAGAUUCAUUAAAUGUAUAGAAGGCCAGCGGAGGGCGACAGGCGAACUCAGCAUUUAUUCGAAGCUCAGGAAGUCUACGGCAGACUACGAAAAAAAAAAAACAAAGGAAAAAAUAUGAAACUAAAAAAAAAAAAAAAAAAAAAAAUUAAGAUCUUGCUUAACAUCAGCAAUGCUAUUCUAUGUAACGUUAAGUAGCAGCCGCAAGGAACAAAUAGGUCCAAGGUCCCGCGAAGGGGCCUUCUUCCGUAUGACACUAUUAAAACAGUUUUCAUGUA